GACUGAGUCGCGCAAAUGAAUGGACGGACGGACAGCACACAGAUGGCACCGAAAUCGGCCCCCAUGUAUCUAUCUAUCUCAGAUGGCCAUUAUCUGAGUGUCUCAUGAGUGCACACACAGCUGAAAUGCGUGUCUGAAUCCACCAAGCCAACACGCUCAUUCAGUCCAUCAAUCGUCGCUCUCACUCGCGCAGACAACAAAUGCCCUUCAUUCCUGUCUAUCUGUACACUCAUUAACACGGACGCCUCACACAACAAGAAAUACCCUCUCACCCUGGAUGCCCUUUGGGCUCAUAUCUCUCUACUCUCCCCCUCCCUCCCUCCCUCAUGCCACACCCUACUCCCCCUAUCCAUCCAUCCAUCCCCCCCUCUAGAGGAACUCGCUCAGCCACCGUGUGAUGGACGUCUGCACCCCCUCGACGGUCCUCAAAAAAUUCCCCCUCGCCACCCGUCGGAUCGGCAGCAGCGGGUCGAUCGGGUCAAAGGGCGUGUCCAGGAAGAUGUUCUGCGUCAGAGGCGUCACGUGCGUCCCGCGGAUGACCUCCUUGCGGAUCUCGAGGCUGGAGGGGCCCCGCCCGUUGCCGGGCGCCUGCAGCCUGACGAUGCUGGCGGCGUCCUUGAGGACGGUCUCGACGGCGUCUGUCUCGUCGAUGGCGUCGUUGUCGAACUGGACGAGCAGAGUGCGGCGGGUGCGGUACAUGCGGGUGGCCGCCUCCUUGACCUCUGCUGGCGUCGGCUCGAACUCACGGACGUCCUGUCAGACAUGACAUGCAGAGACAGGGAUGGGAUGUGUGUGAGUGGGUGGGUGCUGGGUGGCAGGCGUGUGGCUGACCUCUUUGGCAAUGGCGUCAAGGAGUCCUGGGACCUGGUCGAUCACCUCCAAGGUCUGCUUGAACAACGGGAUCACCUGCAUACAAUACACACACCGACACACGUCACAUCGGUGGGCAGUGUUCCUUCCUUCCUGUCGUUCGCCCAUCCCUCCACACACACACACACACACACGUACCUCCCUCUUGUAGAAGGAUGGCGUCAGAAUAAAGUUGGACGACGCCUCAGCAAAAUCGUCGACGCUUGUGCGGAGGAACCUGACCAGCUCACGGAGGUUGCCCGGCACGCUCUGGGUCCUGGAAUUCAUCAGCUGACUCGCUAUCGGCACCACAACCUACACAACACACAUGACAAAAUCAGAUAGAUGGAUGGAUGGAUGGAUCUUCCGUGCAGUACUGACCUCCUCGAAGAAAGGAAUCGCCUCUGCUGCUGGCUUGUUGUUGAACGAUAUCAGCACAUUGCCCGCACGAGGAGUCCCUAGGAUGGACAUGACACACCCACACACACAGAGAGUUGACACCAGGGCCCGCGUCCAUGCCUCAUAUAUCGUCGCCUGCCUGCAGACCUGGGAAGAGGCAUGAGAUGAGUAGGUGGAGUAGGGCGCCGCACGAGUGUCCCACACCCACCACCGGGAGGGCCCCGUACUCACGCGCCAGAGGAAUGGCGAUCUUCUCAAAGCGAUCCAAUAUGCUGUCACACGUCUGAUUGAUAAGUACAUAUUCAUGGCCAUGACACACAACCACCACACACAACCAUUUGCUGUGGGUGGUUGGGUUGCCUUGCCUUGCCCGUCUGCCAGCCUGUUUACCUCCAGGUAGUCGAAUGAGAGUCUGUAUGGCGAUGCGACCACAAGGAAACCCUGCUCCGCCAAGCCGGUGAGAAAAUACCUAUCACACAACACACCGUCUCCGUUCACUCACCCACGCCCCUCCCUACCUGUAUGUGAGGUGCGGUGCCGCCCCCACGAAUGCCCCUCCCAGGAAGUGAAUCAGUGCCCGUGGCCGCAAAUCGGGCGGCGGCCGCAGCAGGAAGUUGCCGCUCAUCUCCUCCCACUCCCCCAUCAGACCCACGCCAACACCGCGUCUCGACGACACCCCUUCCUCCCCAUCCACCACCUGACCCGGCAGCCGCAGCCCACGAAGGUCGGGGAAGGGCAGACCCCUAGGGCCUCGCUCCUCCGUCUGGACGUCGCCGCCGUUCUCGUAUGGUCGCAUGAAGGAUGAGAGGGCAGGUCGUCGUGAUGGUGAUGGCCGGGUGCGGGAUGAUGUGGGGCCGACGAAUGUGUUGCGGGGAGGGGUCCAUUGCCGGGCGGGGCGGGGCGGUUGUCUUGUUGCUCGUGCUGGUGCGGCUGGUGGGGGGGGUGGUGGCCUGGACGGGGUCGGCUGUGGGGUCUCUUCUUGUCUCGGCGUCGGCUGCUUUUGAGCGGCAACACGUGAUGGCGAUGGGGCUGCUUCCUCCAUCUCGUCUACGGGAGGGUGAAGCCGUGAUGCAUAGUCCUGCUUGGCCUCCUCUUGUGUGCGCUCCAUCGAGCUCUGUCGGGCUCUCUGCUCCAUCACACACACACACAGACACACAGUGCACGAGAAUCUAUGUGAGAAAGAUCUGUGUGCGUGUCUCGCUGACCGCCAGGUUGUCAAGGAAAUGCUGUACAGUAACUUCGCUAGACAUGAUGCGGUCGCUGUGAGACUGACCCCACCGCAACACCUGCACACCACACCAUAUGGCACAGCACAGCACAAGCAGUCAGUCAGUCAAUCCACACACCCACAACACAAACACCACAUGUGUCUGUCGUAUCAGCCACUGACCUUCAGCUCCUCCCUCGACAGUUCCAUGCCGGCGCUAUCUUCCAUCCGCUCUGCCCCUGGCCCUUCCUCGUGGUGGUGGUGGUGUUCAAUCGUUGACAUCAGCCGCCUCUGUGAGUGAGUCAGUCCACCGUCACCCUCAAUCCGCUGGGCGGCCAUGGACGUUCGUGCUGUCAUCAUGGGUCGCCAUGGAACCAUGAAUGCUGGGGACCUAAAGCAGACCGACAGACAUAGCAACACGUGUUGUGCCUCAGUGUCAGUCACCACACCCUGUGCGUGUGUGCAAGGCAAGGCAAGGCAAGGCAAGGCAAAGCAAGGCAAGCUACAAUAAGAUAGAUACGAGGGUAUGAGCUCACCUAUGCAGCAGCUGCCAUGGCCCUCCGUCCCCCUCUGCGGAUCUGUGCAGUCCACGGCACGUCUGUAACCCCGCCCAUGCUAGCAAGGACACCAGCACGCCCCGCCACAGGUCGAUGCGCCGCCUGCCGCGUUGCCUUGCUCGACUGCCGCAGGGAACGGAGCUGCUGCUCGUGCACUCUGAAUGACCAGGGGGUGAUUGGUCGGCUCUUUCGCGCGUAGACAACAGAGGCUGAGGCGGCUCUGACGGCCGUGCUGACGCGGUUGAUGGUGCUUCAUCGUCACAAUGCCGCCGGCUCGCCGGUCCAGGCAGAGGCAUGAAGCGAUCAUCAACAGCACCAUCUGCCGACUCACUGGAAGCCUCCCUGGGCUGCACCAACUCCAUCGACAAACACUCAAGAUCAGCUGAAGAUAGAUAAAGAUCUGGGGCAGUGGUGAGUGUAGGACAACGUCCCGGCCCUUUC